UCACAGAAAAACAUCGAGAACUACAAAUGAGCUCAAUUCUUUACCACCAACGUCUUCUCUCUUCUUGCAAAGACCUCACUUCUCUUUUCCAAAUUCAUGCUCAUAUAAUCACUUCUGGCUUUACUUUCAACGUUUCCACCACAACCCUUCUCAUAAAUUUAUACUCUUCCUUCAAAAAAUGCAAUCUUUCUCGUACCCUUUUCGAUGUUACACCAAACCCACCUGUUAUUUUAUGGAACUCAAUGAUCAGAGCAUAUGUAACAACAAAUCAGCAUCAAGAAGCUUUAAAUAUGUACAAUUCAAUAUUAGAACACAAGUCUAUUAAACCGGAUAAGUAUACAUUCACUUUUGUUUUAAAAGCUUGUACUGGAAUGAAUGAUUUUGAAAAGGGUAUCAAGAUUCAUGAAGAUAUAGUGAAAAGAGAUCUUGAAAAUGAUGUAUUUAUUGGGACUGGGCUUAUUGAUAUGUAUAGUAAAAUGGGUGAUUUGGAUAGUGCAAGGAAGGUGUUUGAUAAAAUGCCUAAAAGGGAUGUUGUCGCUUGGAAUGCAAUGAUUUCUGGGGUUGCACAGAGUGUAGAGCCGGUUAAGGCUGUUGACCUUUUCAAGAAAAUGCAAUUUGUUUGUCAAAUUACUCCUAAUUCGGUGACGUUAUUGAAUUUGCUUCCUGGGGUUUGUAAAUUAAUGGAUAUGAGGGCAUGUAGGUGUAUACAUGGUUAUGUAUAUAGGAGAGUGUUUCCGGUUUCUGUUUAUAAUGCUUUGAUUGAUACAUACUCAAAAUGUAAUUAUCCCGAUGUUGCUCACCGAGUUUUUAAUGAGUUAAGGGGAAAAGAUGAUGUUUCAUGGGGUACAAUGAUGGCAGGUUAUGCAUAUAAUGGGAAUUUUCGUGAGGUUUUGGAAUUGUUUGAUUGCAUGAAGAGGACGGGCUUGAAAAUGAGCAAAGUAUCAGCUGUAAGUGCAUUGCUCGGGGCUGGUGAAAUGGGUGAUUUAGAGAGAGGGAUAGAGAUUCAUGAAUGUGCAAUUCAAGAAAUGAUUGAUUCUGAUGUUAUGAUUGCUACUUCAUUAAUGACAAUGUAUGCAAAGUGUGGAGUGUUGGACAAAGCUAGAGAUCUGUUUUGGGGAAUUAAGGGAAGAGAUUUGGUUGCUUGGUCAGCAGCAAUAGCUGCUUUCUCACAAUCAGGAUAUCCUCAAGAGGCGAUCUCUCUGUUUCGAGAUAUGCAGAAUGAGUAUUCACAGCCAAAUAAUGUUACUCUGGUGAGCGUAAUCCCAGCCUGUGCAGAGCUAAGGGCAGUGAGAUUAGGAAAGAGUGUCCAUUGUCAUGCCAUCAAAGCCAAUAUCGAUUCUGAUAUUUCAACAGGAACUGCCUUGGUUUCCAUGUAUGCUAAGUGCAACCUGUUUAGUUCUGCACUUAAUAUGUUCAAUAAGAUGCCAUUAACCGAGGUAGUGACAUGGAAUGCUCUGAUAAAUGGGUAUGCCCAGGUUGGUGACUGCUGUAAUGCAUUAGAAAUGUUUUGCCAAUUGAGGUUAGCUGGAUUAUACCCAGACCCAGGGACAAUGGUUGGUGUGCUUCCAGCUUGUGCCUCCCUGGGUGAUGUACAUUUGGGCAUGUGCCUUCAUUGUCAAAUUAUCAGAUAUGGGUUUGAGUCGGACUGUCAUGUGAAGAACGCUCUAAUUGACCUGUAUGCCAAAUGUGGAAGUUUAUCUUUGGCUGAGUUCAUGUUCAACAAAACUGAGUUCUCUAAGGAUGAGGUGUCCUGGAACACAAUGAUUGCAGGAUAUAUGCAUAAUGGACUUGCCAAGGAAGCCAUUUCCGCGUUCCAUUCCAUGAAAUUCGAAUCAUGUCAGCCCAAUGUGGUCACAAUUGUGAGCAUCCUGCCUGCGGUGUCACAUUUGACAUACUUGAGAGAGGGCAUGAAUAUACAUGCCUACGUAAUCAAGAGUGGUUUUCAGUCCCAUAAGCUUGUAGGGAACAGUCUUAUCGAUAUGUAUGCCAAAUGUGGUCAACUUGACCUUUCGGAGCGUAUAUUUGAGGAGAUGAAGAACACUGACAGUGUUUCUUGGAAUGCUUUACUUACAGCAUAUUCUAUGCAUGGGGAAGGUGAUCGUGCUCUUUCUGUUUUCUCUCUAAUGGAAAAGAGAGACAUCGAAUUUGAUUCUAUAUCCUUCCUUAGUGUCUUGUCUGCUUGCAGACAUGCAGGUUUGGUUGAAGAAGGAAGGAAAAUAUUCCAGUGCAUGCGUGACAAAUAUCACUUCGAACCAGACGUGGAACACUAUGCCUGUCUAGUAGACUUGUUAGGACGUGCUGGCUUGUUUAAUGAAAUUAUGGAUCUACUUAAGACAAUGCCUAUGGAACCAGAUGGCGGAGUUUGGGGUGCCUUGUUGGAUGCAUCUAGAAUGCAUUCUAAUAUCGAGAUAGCAGAGGUUGCUUUGAAGCAUCUUGUCAAACUUGAGCAAGGAAAUCCAGCUCAUUAUGUGGUAUUAUCAAGUUUAUAUUCUCAAUCUGGUAGGUGGAACGAUGCAGUUCAUACUAGAGUAAGGAUGAAUGAAAUUGGAUUGAGAAAAAAUCCAGGCUAUAGCUGGGUUGAGGUGAAGUAGGGCACAUGGAUUUUGUUUAGGUGCAAUAGAAAUAGCCAUUGAUAUUAUUCUUUGUUGACCUGGUCUGGGGGUGGCAAUCCAACUGGUGAAGAAUCUCAGUGAUUUUGCAUUCAAGGGUGUGACCUAGUGGUUAAUGAAAUGGGUUGAGAAUCAUGAGGUCUCAGGUUCAAUUCCUAACAGAGAUAAAAACAUUAGGUGAUUUCUUCCCAUCUGUCCAAGCCUUGGAGGACAGAGUUACUUGGUACAUAUGCUGGUGGGAGGUGGCAAGUGCCCCGUGGAAUUAGUCCAGGUGGGCGCAAAGCUGGCUCGGACACCAGGUUAUCAAAAAAAAAAAAAAAAUGAUUAUGCAGCUAUUUACAUCUUUAAGGUUGAAUCUCCUAUAUCUGCAAAAUAUGGCCAGCUUCAAGCUCCACAUAUAAAUUCUUGGAUCUACAACUGAUCAUAAGGCCCCUUCAGUUUCGCAAAACAGAACAUGCUUCACAAAAAUAUUACUUCCUCCUACCCAUUUUAUGCGAUUUGUUUGACUGGGCACGAAGUUGAAGAAACCACUGAAGACUUUUGAAACUUGUGGUCUAAAACAAGUCACAUCUAUUUGUGUAGCGUUAAAUCAUUUGGCUAAGUGUGAAAUGGAAGUUGAAGGUUAAUUUGUUUCUAAUACAAAAUGUUUCAUUCUUUUUGGGACAAAUUCAGAAGGAAAGUGCAUCACAUGAAUUGGGACGAUGGGAGUAUAUUCUUAGAUGAAAAUUUAGAAGGUGAAACAGGUGGUAUAUCCCUUCCUGAAGUAGGAGCUGGAGCUACAACUAAUAUUUAAUCUCGUCGGACCUUAGUGUUUUAAUGUUGGAAGGGAUCAAACGUGGUUUACUGGCCGAAAAGAUGACCAGGAGCAAGACGGAAUCUGCAAUGGUGGGGUAUACAGCAUCUCGAUUUGUUAUGUUGUUGGGUUCUUCAACUUCAUGUACAGUCUUUCUUCCUCUCAUUCUCCAUUUGCUUUGUAUUUGUUGUGUUUAGAUGAGUUGAUAUUUAGUCUAUUAGAAGUAAAUUUCGUGUGUUUCUACAUAGGAGUUUCAUGUAAAUAGCAAGUCUUGAGUUUUGUUGGGAGUCUACAAGGGGAGUGGCUUUUGGGUUGUGUCUUUCUUGUCGAGUGGCUUUUGGGUUGGGUCUUUCAAAUGCAUAGUUAAACAUGAUGAGUGUAUAUUCACAGGAGAGUUCAUUUGAGUUUGCUUUGAGAUACCCUUUUUUCACCUUUUUUACUUGCUAGAUUUCUGCUCUCUGAGAUAAUUCUUUUUUGUUUCCACAGAUUUUGUUUGUAGAUGAUUUUUGAUUGUCCUUUGAAUAAUAUGCUUCUAAUUUUUUCUUCUUUUUGGCCUAGCAAAACUAUAAAGAUAGAUGCUUGCUGUCUCCCGUUUUGGUGGUUCCUUCAACUGAUACCGAGAUACUGUUUUCUGUUGCAGGUUCUUCAAAGCUCCCAACUUUGAGUUAAAAUACAAUUAUAUUUUACAUUUUUUAGAUUUACAUGUAAUUUCUGGUUGGAAGACCCCAUUUUGAGUUUCUCUUGUCAAUUGUAGGGAUGGGAAAACUAUCCCUAAUCGUGAUGGCAUUGCUGGAAUGGACCACCUAACAAAGACAACUCCAUACACAAGACUUGAACCCGAGACCUCUAAUUAAAGAUGAAGGAGUAAUUACUAUUCCACCACAAUUCUUGUUGGUGGAUGGGACCGGCAUUAUUAGCUAUAAAUAAGUAUAUUUGCAAUUUGUGCAGCUUUGAGUCGUGUAAUUUCUGAGUUCUUCUCUCCUCCAUCUGUUGUUUUCUCUCCCCUUUUAGUGUCUGUAUUUUGGUGUCCCCUUUGAGAAUCCAUAUCAAUUGAAUCUUGUCCAUAUUGAGUUCAAUGCAAACAGCUAUGCACUUCCGGUGUUUAUACUAACUUAAUGAAUACAUCAUACAUGUCUUCACAUACAUUUUUAUCAUUAAAUUAUAAUUAAUUAAUACAUAUUCUAACAUUAUUUUUAUGAUGUGACCAUGGUAAUUUAGUAUGAUUUGAUGUAAACAUCUAGUGCAAGUUAAUUUUUUUAUUUUUUAUAUUGAAGUUUCACUUUAAGGGUAAAAUGCUUCUUAUCAAAGGGUUUUCAUUUUUAGGGCUCAAACUUGAGACCUUUAGUU